AUGCUGCACAGUUUGGCCGUGAGUGCGCGUGCGCGGCAGCAUCGCAUUCGUGCUGGGUCAUGUUUCAAUGCAUCUUCGGUCGACAGCCCUGUGCAGGGCGGAGCUUUCCACGUGCACCUUGCCUCGGACAGGUUCAGGCACGUGGCCGCUGGGGCGGUCGGCCGCUCGACAGACGAGCCCAUAUGUUUUGCUGGGGGGGCCUGGCAGGGCCGCCCGAGUCGAUCUCUGGUUCUGAUAUCGCUGUGCUCCAGUUAUUGUCGGCCUGCUUCGGGCCAGGAGGAGUGUGCCUUCUGCCCUCCCAGGUUCGUUUUUUGGACUUCCUCGCUCUCGGCUGAGAAGGGCCGCUUCUGUGGAGUCGCUGGCCAAGCAAGCUGUCCUUGGUUUUGGUGCCCUUGCAGCAAGUUCAGCCCAAAGCGCCGCUGA